UCUGCCAAUAUUUUAGAGGAGGUGUUGAAGACAUAAAAACAGGAUUAAUCUGAAUUGCUACCAACCUUUGCUCCACACAGUUAAUUUUACACAAAUUGUCUUGGUCUAAGCAAAACCUUCUAACUUUAGAGGAGAGAAGAGAUAAACACUAGCUCCCCCAUUUAACCUUGCAAGAUAUUUCUCUAAAUAAUGGCAAAGGGAUUUUAUGUCAGCAAACUGGCUGCUUUUUUUGGUAUCCUGUUUUGUAUUGCUGCUGUGUUUACAGUAAUAGCUCUUGCCAUUGUGUAUGCUCAAGAAAAGGCCAACAACAAUGACCUGCUCAAUCCUUCUGAAACUACAACCAUAUCUGGCACCAGUUCCAGUAGUUCCAGCACCACAACUCCAUCUGAUGGACCAUGGAACAAAUAUCGGCUUCCAAAAACCCUUAAGCCAUAUCAUUAUGAUGUUCGACUACGGCCAGUCCUACAGCUGAAUGCUCAAAGACUUUAUGCCUUUCAUGGCAUAAGUGAAGUUUUCUUUACUUGUAAUGAAGCAACCAACCUUGUCAUUAUCCACAGUAACAAACUCAAUUUCACCACAACUCCAACUCUUAGGGAUAGUGAUGGGAAACCUCUCUCUGUAUCCAAGGUAGAUAUAGUGCUGGUAACACAGUAUCUGGUGCUACAUGCUGUUAACCCCCUGGAAGUUGGUAAAAAUUACUCCGUAUACACUGAGUUUGAUGGGGAGCUGGCAGAUGACCUGGCUGGAUUUUACCGAAGUGAAUAUGUGGAGGAUGGAGAAACCAAGAUGAUUGCUACCACUCAGAUGGCAGCUAAUGACGCCAGGAAGGCAUUUCCCUGCUUUGAUGAACCAGCAAUGAAAGCUACUUUCAACAUCACCAUCGUGCACAAGAGAGACUAUGUGGCUCUAUCAAACAUGAGUCCUAUCCGUCACAAUAAUAUAAUUGUAGACAGAGAUAUAUGGACUGAAACAGUUUUUGCAAAAACCGUCAAAAUGUCUACAUACCUCGUGGCAUUUGUAGUGUCUCAGUUUAGUUCUGUUGGUGAUCCAGGGAAUAGUACCACUAGAGCGGUUAGAAUCUGGGGCCGCAAAAAAGCUAUUGAGAAUGAGAACCAAGGAGAAUAUGCCUUAAGUAUAACAAAGCCCAUUCUAGAUUAUUUUGAGGAAUAUUAUAACACUACAUACCCUCUUCCAAAGUCAGACCAGGUGGCUAUACCUGAUUUUAGUGCCGGAGCGAUGGAGAACUGGGGCCUGAUCACAUACCGAGAGACAGCUCUGCUAAUUGCCCCUGCCGUAUCAUCUAUUGGCAACAAAGAAAGAGUGGCCACAGUGGUAGCCCAUGAGCUUGCUCAUCAGUGGUUUGGAAACCUUGUGACCAUACGAUGGUGGAAUGAUAUGUGGCUGAAAGAAGGUUUUGCCUCCUACGUAGAAUAUUUGGGAGUAGACAAAGCAGAGCCCUCUUGGAAUAUAAAAGAUUUGAUAGUGCUUAAUGAUGUAUAUAGAGCAAUGGCACUUGAUGCCCUGGCGUCUUCUCAUCCACUGACAUCGAAAGAGGAAGAGGUGAACACUCCAGAUGAAAUAAGUCAACUCUAUGAUGCUAUCAGUUAUAGCAAGGGUGCUUCGGUGAUUCGGAUGCUGUCCAGUUUUCUCUCCGAGGAAGUGUUUGUUAAAGGCUUGGCUACAUACCUGAAAACGUUUGAAUAUGAUAACACGGUGUACAGUGAUUUGUGGACUCAUUUGCAAGCAGCAGUGGAUGCAACAUCACAUUCCUUAGACUUGCCUCAACCAGUCGCCAAUAUCAUGGACACAUGGGUUCUACAGAUGGGAUUUCCAGUGGUGACUAUUGACACUACAACUGGACUUGUAACUCAGAAACAUUUCCUCCUGGAUCCUGACUCCACAGUAACGCGCCCUUCAGAGUUUAGUUACACGUGGAUUGUGCCAAUUUCAUAUUCUAAAAACACUUCUCUGGGGAACUACUGGCUUCAAACUCCCACAGCUACAGUCAAUGAAUUUCAGAUUCAUACAAAUGAAUGGUUUCUAGCCAACAUCAAUGUAACAGGAUACUAUCGAGUUAAUUAUGAUGAUGCAAACUGGAACAAGCUCAUUGCACAACUGGAGACAGACCAUACGAAUAUUCCUGUUAUCAACCGUGCCCAGAUCAUCGAUGAUGCCUUCAAUUUAGCAAGAGCCAAGGUCGUGAAUACAAGAAGAGCAUUAGACACCACCAGAUACCUCUGGAAAGACGUUGAAUACAUGCCUUGGCAGGCAGCGUUAAGCAGUCUGUAUUUCUUUAAACAGAUGUUUGAUCGGUCGGAGGUGUACGGACCCAUGGGGAAAUACAUGAAGCAACAAGUCAGACCAUUAUUUGAACACUUUAAAAAUGUGACUGGAAAUUUUACUACUCGACCAGAAUCAUUAACAGACCAAUACAGUGAAAUAAACGUGGUGAGCACAGCAUGUAGCUAUGGCAUUCCAGAAUGUGUUGAAUUUGCAUCUAAUCUCUUUAACAAAUGGAUGGCCACUAACAAUAAUAGUAUCCAUCCAAACCUGAGAUCAGCCGUUUACUGCACCGCAGUAGCUCAUGGAGGAGAAGCUGAAUGGAACUUUUUAUGGGAAAAAUUAGUAGAAUCGGACAUUGCACAAGAAUCAGACAAGCGGAGGGCUGCUCUGGCCUGCAGCAGGGAGACCUGGAUACUAAACAGACUCCUGGAAUAUUCGCUGAAUACCAGUAAAAUUCGUCGACAAGAUGCUGUCUCCACCAUUAACAGUGUUUGCAGCAAUGUGAUAGGACAGAGUCUUGGAUGGGAUUUUGUGAGAGCUAAGUGGAAAACCAUUGUGAAUGAGCUUGGAGGGUCCACAUUCUCUUUUCGUAACAUACUUCAACAGGUGACUCUCCGUUUCUCCACUGACUUCGAUCUGCAACAGCUGGAGCAGUUCAAAUUUGAUAACCAAGAAAGUGGGUUUGGAACAGCUGCUCAAUCAUUGGAACAAGCCAUAGAGAAGACUAAAGCAAACAUUAGAUGGGUGAAUGAAAAUAAAGAGAUGGUACUGAACUGGUUUAGGGAUGCAAUAAAAUCGGAAAACAUCUGAAAUCCACCUACCAUGCUUGGUAAAGCACAUGUUUACACACAUCGUUUGCCUUCUAUCACAACUCUUCAAGCAUUGCAGCAUGGGAGAUGAAUAAUAUCUCUAAGUAACAUUGAUCUAAAAAAAUUACUGUCACUUAAAUUUGUAGUGACAAGAACAGUGUAUAUUAAUAAAUCAGCUAAUUAUUUUUGUCUUAUAUCACUCACUGUUUAA